AUGAAACCGCUCGAAGUCGACAGCACUAACGAAUCGCAUUUACGUAAUACCGUCUACAAUUAUAAGCGUUUGGAACCAUCGGAUAAAGCGGCAGAGCAGAUGUAUUUACAUGGAAAAAAACGACCACUGCAUCGACGAAGAGCCAAAUUUCAUGUUGGCGACCAUGUUCGUUUAUCGAAAUACCGAAGCGUAAAUACGCUGUCAAAUGACAAAUCAUAUACGAUAAAUUUUACGCCGGAAAUUUUUACGAUUCGAUGUGUAAGAUACAGCACCGAUCCUAUAACAUAUCUGCUCAGCGAUUAUCAAAAUCAAGAGAUCAAAGGUUCUGUCUAUGAACAUGAACUUCAAGCUGUCAAACAUCCGAAUGUGUAUCUCGUUGAAAAAAUUCUUCGCAAGCGAAAUGGUCGAUCGUACGUUAAGUGGCUAGGAUUCGGAUCCGAACAUAAUUCAUGGAUCGACGAUAAAGAUAUUAUUUAA